AUGCGCCACCAUCAAACGCACUCCGUCGACGUACCCAGGCAUUGCGUAUCCGGUGAUCCAGCAAAGACGCAUACACGUCGAAUCCUUGUUGGCGGGGAUGGGAGCGAGGGUGCGAGGCGGCACGGCAGGAACGAGAUACGGGAGCGCCCCCGUGGGCGACGCAUGGUUGUUGGACGGGAUAAGGUCGAAAUCGAUGCCGACGAAUUUCAAGUAUGCCUGGAAAGCUCACGGAUCGUUAGCAGCGCAAUCUCCCCGGCAUGCGGAGCUUCUCCGGGCAUCCAAACCUGCCACCGCAAGCAUUGCGGGUUGAACGACGCCUAUUUCGGUCUGGGUCGCCAUGCGAAGAGCUUCCGGGCAGGUCGUUUGGUGGAUAGGCUAUCACGGGGAACCGAUCGAAGAUACGCUUUAUCGGUGCUGGAACGGAGAACAGCUGUCGGGGAGGAGGGCUCGGAGACGGAUCCUGCGCGCCUUCGGGGUCGUGGUCGUCGCCCGGCGCUGCUGGGCCGGGUCCAUUGGGGCCUUUGGGGGGCAUUGAUGAGAGACCCUGCUCUGGAGAGCGCCGUGGGCGGGCAGUGUGAAACGGACCUUCAUUUCCUCGCUCACCGCCCGGGCCCUGGCCCAAUCAACGCGCCGGCGCGGGCUGCGGGAGUCUUGCCCGUCUCGGAUUGGGCGGACGACUUUACAGCCCACUUGGCUUCCCCUCCGUUUUGCGCCGAUGCCGAUCAAAUGCUUCAAAUCGCCCGCGUGCUAUCGCGUCUGCAGUGCCCAGCCCCCUCCUCUGGCCGUCUUUCAAGCAGGUUGCAUGAUCCUCCUCUCGACGGUUGCUAA